AUAAAAAAAAAGUUAAUGGCGGAAGCGAAUGGCGUGUCGUGCAAAUGUGAAAACGUGAAAUUCCUUCGUUUUGAAGAAUAUCAUUCAAUAUAAUCUAUGUAAUGGAAAGAUAAUUGUCUAAAAUGAAGUCCGUUGUGGCUUAUGUCCGAAGUCUUUUAGGUUGGAGUGACGAAAACCCAACAAUCAGCAGACCAAGCUUCAAACGCGACAGGGCAGACGAUGGUUUUUCUUCAGACGACGAGUCACCGGCACUCAAAAAGCUAAAACAGCUGAAGAGGACUAGUUUUCCAGGCAUUAUGGAUGAUUUAUGGGAGAAAGAAGACAAAACCAGUAAAAAUGUCCGAUAUGUUCCCAUACAAAUUGAGGCAGGUCACCCCAGCACUUCCACGCCGAAUCACGUGGUGCUCGGCAAACCUGCCUCCAGGGAGAGGACAGUGCCAAUAAAAGUGUUGGGAAUGUCGGAAAAUGGACCUUCCGUACUCAAGAAUAGGAGCCCACGGAUGCACACACCAGUCAGACCCAUCAUUCAUGCGGUUGUUGAUGACGAUGAUGAUGAAGAUGAUCAGGAGGUCACAUAUAUCGAAAGGAAACCCAGUAAACCAACUAAGUUCAUAAACCUUGAUGAUGAGGAAUAUGACGAGCCGGACCACAGCGCACAAGACGAUGACGUCAUUUUCGUGCCCGCCACCUCCGCCGGGAAACCCUACAGAUACUUCUACAACAGCACACGCAAUGACGAUGAUCCCAUUCAAUAUUACAAACGAAGUCGGAAGUUAAACGAAAGGAAUACGAAUAACACAUCUCCAAGGACUUACAUAAAAUUCAAAGCUCCACCCGGUAUAACUAAAACGUAUAAAAAAACACCAACACCCGUCCCCAGGUGGAUGCAAGCGUCGAAGCCCUCGAAUCUCUCAAAUAGUAGGAAUAGAUUAUUGAAUGUGAACGGGAAUGCUAGGUCAACACUAUCGGAAGUAUUUAAUUUAGAUGAAAAGAGAAAUUAUCAGGAGCUGAUCAAACGCGUGACGCAGUCUUUAAAGGCGCCGACGAUCGGGAAGCCUGGUGACGUCAUCAACCUGGCGGACGACGCGGCGUCCUUCAGAUUGACGCAGAGGACCCAGAGGAAGGCGUUAGAUGAAAUCAAAUUUGUUGAGAAAGGUCUCAGCGCGGAGAAAGAGAAUGAGGCUGCGAAGGAAUAUGACCCGAUCACGGUAGCGUCAAUUAACUCAUCGGAUUCUGAAGUGGAAGUAGUGCCGUCCGAGUCGUCGAGUUCCUCGGUUAGGAUAGACCCGAUAAAUACCCUAAAAGAUUCGUUCAAGGACAGAGCAAUUACGUCCAGUGAUUGGCUAACGAAGUUGGAUACGAAAUAUAAGAAGAAGAAGAAUGAUACGCAGGAAAAGUUGGCUGAGGCGCGGCGUGAGUCUGAUAUUAUUUCCAAGGUGAACAGUGAACAAAAAAUAGCACAUUUAGAGCACAAACUGAAAUAUGAGCUGAGCAUACCGGAGAGUUUGUUCGAAGAGCCCCAGCCGACCGUGGAGCUCCCACCGCUGACCCCGGAACAAGAGAAGCUCGUGAACAGAGCACUAGGACCCGGACCCCCGGGGCAAUUGCUUGUAGAGAAAUUCAACUUGAGAAUACACAGACGAGACCUCCAAACGCUGUCAGGUCUGAACUGGCUCAACGAUGAGGUGAUAAACUUCUACAUGAACCUACUGAUGCAACGGGCCGAGGAGAGGAAGGACCUGCCUAGAGUGUACGCAGCCAACACGUUCUUCUAUCCUAAACUCAUGCAGAGCGGACAGGCUGGACUUAGGCGGUGGACGAGAAAAGUAGACAUAUUCGCCAACGACCUAAUGAUUGUGCCGGUACACUUGGGGGUGCAUUGGUGCCUGUCCAUCAUCGACUUCCGGGACAAGAAGGUGUCGUACCUGGACAGCAUGGGCGGCCGCAACCUGGCCUGCCUCGAGGCCCUGCUGCAGUACUUGAAGGACGAGCACCAGGACAAGAAGGGGCAGCCGUUUGAUGCUGCCGGGUGGAACACGGAAUGCCUCAAAGACAUCCCGCAGCAGAUGAACGGCAGCGACUGCGGCAUGUUCGCGUGCACGUUCGCGGAGUUCGCGAGCCGCGGCGCGCCCUACUCGUUCACGCAGGCGCACAUGCCGUACCUGAGGAGGAAGGCCGCCUUGGAGAUACUCAUGGGGAAACUGAUGCUUUAGGACUGGUAAGCUGCACAAUAAUGGCGGGAUUUUCAAUUGUGCAUAAAAUGUGCAACUAGUGAAAGUGAAAUGGAACAGUGAAAACAUACUCUACAAAUCAGUGCAAAGACACAUGUAAGUACACGAAAUGACAAAAUAGUGAUUGUGAAGUCGGUGAUCGUGGAACGAUGUAGACUGAGACUAAUUUUAAGAUAUUUAAUAUAAUGUGUCGGAUGGUUUUUGUGUGACACUCGGAAGAAAUAUAGAUUUAAUGAAAAUGUAAGUAUUUUGUGAUUUAAAUUACUGAUCAAGAGUGCAAUGCACUUUGCUACAAGUUUGCAUCAAAAUGCAUCUUUGUGAAAAGGUAUCUAAACUGCACAUCAAUUUGUUGUAAAAAUAAGGCUACAAGAAUAAUUUGAACUAAAUUUUUAAGAUAAAAACUUGAAUAAAGUCCAGAGGGACUUGACGAACUUAAUGCUUUUUCACCAAUCCACACAAAUAAUAAAGAGAUAAGAUUUUUAUUUUUGCAUGUUUGUAGCGAAUAAACUCAAAAACUACUGGACUGUUUCAUGAAAUUUGUGCACAGAUGUAGAAUAGACCUUCGGGAGUAACAUAGGUUUUUUUAUCUGGAAUUUACCACGGCAGCGAAGCUAGCAAAAGCUAGUCUACACUAAUAACCAUUAUUAAUAUCACAAUGAAGACCACUCGAACAUAGGCUCUCUUUUUAUCUUAUGAGCAAGUUCCUAGUAGUGUUCUCAAUGAUGACACUUUAUAAGUCCCGGACUUAAUACAGAUCUUGGUAUAAUAAAAUAAAGAGGAUUCUCUUUGAUUUUACGCAAGCAAGCUGCCGAUUGACAAUUUUCACAAGAGAAUAUCGGGAGUAUUCUGUGGAAUACUAAAAGCUAAUCCGUCAUUGCUACAAAGCGUACCAGGAAGAAAUAAAAAAAAAACUAUAAUAAACCAUAGACCUCUUGGUGCAGUGGGGUAAACAUAUUUGGCAA